AUGGAUUGGGCGGAGCAGGAGUAUGGCGGCAGCUUCAAGGUGGUGAAGGUCAACCACACACCCAACCCCAACAUCAUUGCUAAAUAUAAGGUGUAUGGCCUGCCCACCCUGAUGGUGUUCAAGGAUGGGGAGUUGGUCGAGGACAGCCACCGCGAGGGGGCCUUCACCAAGGCCAUUCUCAAAAAGUACAUCGAGGACCACAUCCUCGCCACUGUCAACGCGUGA